GUUCCGCCCUCACACGUUCCUGAGAGCGGAUCUUAAAACGCCCUUACUUUCAAGGCUUUCUCUACGGUGGGACUCUGGCUCGAUCUGAGGACUAUGUAUUGUAUUGGAGAUUCUUCGGCGUGGUGAUCCCCAACGCUAAACCGGAAAUAAGAGAGCCACGCUAAGUAGAUACGCGGAGAGCGAGUUCCGGGUGUUCCUCCGGGCUCUCGGGCCGCAGUCCGGGGACAACAAGCUUCUUGAGGCUGGAACGCCAGAGCUCCAUGGACACUCGCAGCCAUGGACCUCUAUCGAUGCGCCUGCGACAUUGCCAGGAACCCGAAGCAUACAAGAUGGGUCGCCCCUCUGCUGCUGGUCGCGGAUGCAUUCCUAUGCGCUCUCAUCAUCUGGAAAAUCCCAUACACAGAAAUUGACUGGACGACGUAUAUGCAACAAGUUUCUUUGUUCCUCUCUGGCGAACGCGACUAUGCUCUGAUCAAAGGCUCUACCGGACCGCUGGUGUAUCCUGCUGCCCAUGUCUACAUAUACAGCUUGCUUUACCAUGUGACGGAUGAAGGUCGCGACAUCUUCUUUGGCCAGAUCUUGUUCGCCGUGCUCUACCUGGUAACUCUAGCGAUUGUCAUGGCUUGCUACAGGCGCUCAGGCGCUCCGCCCUAUCUUUUCCCGCUUCUAGUGCUUUCCAAAAGAUUGCACAGCGUCUUCGUGUUGCGACUAUUCAACGACUGUUUUGCAGCACUGGCGAUGUGGAGCACAAUUCUCCUCUUCCAGAAGCGGAAAUGGUUGGCAGGGGUAAUUGUGUGGACAAGUGGAGUGGCUGUCAAGAUGACAUUGUUGUUGCUUGCUCCGGCGGUUGCCGUGAUUAUAGCCCUUAGUGGAGGCAUGGGCCGGGGCAUUCGUCUGGCAAUAGUUUCUAUCUUGGUCCAGGUUCUUCUGGCAGUGCCAUUCCUUCAUGUGAACACUGUUUCAUACUUGUCACGCGCUUUCGAACUGACUCGCCAGUUUCUUUUCCGAUGGACGGUGAAUUGGAGGUUCGUCGGUGAGGAUAUGUUCCUCUCGAAGCAAUUCUCACUGGCUCUACUCAUUGUACACGCCUUAUUACUGGCUAUCUUUGUGGCCGUACGAUGGGUAAAACCAUCUGGUUCAAAUUUACCGGGAUUUAGUCGGAAUCUGCUCAACGGCACGCAGCGGACCAUCAUACUCACGGAUUCGUUCAUAGGCACGACAAUGUUGGCAUCUAUGGUAAUCGGUUUGCUUUGCGCGAGAUCUCUUCAUUACCAGUUCUUUGCCUAUCUUUCCUGGGCGACUCCCUUCCUUCUCUGGAAAUCGAGGUUCCAUCCCGUCCUUAUAUAUGGGCUAUGGUUCCUACAAGAAUGGGCGUGGAACGUCUACCCCAGCACAACCGCAAGCUCACUUAUCGUUGUUUUAUCCUUGGGCAUCCAAGUAUUCGGUGUCUUGGUGAACGCUAGGGAUAUUCUGGGUGAAAGACGCUUAGAGAACAACCAGAGCGUAAAGCAGCAUCCGCAAUAAUAGCAAUUGGCAUAUUAUUAUGCAUGCUUUUAAUGGUUUCAAAGAUGCCGAUGAACAUCAUUUCAUGCUUGCUCAUUUGAAUAAGAAUUCCAGAAAAGGGUACUCAUAAAAGAGGAACCGCACGUCAUGUACUCGCACAGUCCUCUGAACGCCAUACUAAAAAGACCGUGCAGAGACAUCAGGCAUCCGACUCGUCUGAAGGUGGCAACUUUCCCACCGUCGAUUCCUCCUCAUCAUCGUCUUCGGUUGGCAACAGAGAUUGCUUGACAAAUUCUUUUGGCCUGAAGAGAAAUUAGUAACAAUGGCCCCGGACUUCAGCUUAUGUAGGUGUAUGGGUGAAUCCCACAACGCACCAGUAAGGCGCUUUCCGCCAGGCUUUUUCGUCCCC